AUGCGCGUUGCACUGCGGCCACGCAGUGGUUGCCUGGUGCUCUGUCUGUGCCUGUCUGUAUUCACCCUGCUGCUACAGAGCCUCUGGGUGCCGGUGGAGAUGACCAGAGAAGAACCUGAUGGGAGGUCACCGGAAGAACAGGGGCAGCGUGGACUUGGCUUUCGUAGGCUGGCUCUUCGCUUGGAUGCUUUGAGUACUCAUGUGCAGAGGCUGAGCAGAGAGAUAGAUACCACCAAGAUGACCAGAGAUGAUCUCAGCCUGCUACUGCAGAGCUUAAGACAAGAUCAGCAAGGCUUGGCCCGCUUGGUAGAGAGGGAGCUGAAGAGAGUGUCCCAGAGGCUGGACCAGCUCAGCCAUCAUGACCAUCAGUCUCACACACCUUCACCACAUGAUAACCACAAACUACACACAGGGCCCAAUGAUAAAUGUGAGGUACCAAAGGAUCCUGCAUAUCCAGUGUGUGCGGAGAAAGUGGAGUUUCUACGAGCCCACUGGCAGUCAGACCCCUGCUAUGCCUUUUAUGGAGUGGAUGGCACCAUCUGUUCCAUAUUGACUUACCUCAGCCAAAUAGAAGACUUCUGUCCCCCUCCUCUUGGAAGGAACCACUCUGUACCACCUUGGCACCAGAAACCUCAGUCCUAUACUGAGAAGGCUGAGAUACGUGCAACCCUGAGCCCACUGUAUGAGGUCAUCAGCAACAAUAGCAGUCCUGCAAUAAGAUUCAUCCGUUCCAGAGUGGAAAGGAUGUCUGAACAGUGGAUACAGGCUGGCCUGAAGAUGAGGCAGAGCAGCAACAAGACAGUUUCAUCCCAAAUGAGGGUGCUGCUUUAUCCUGGUGCCCUGGCUGGGAGUGCUGGCCAGCGUUUUGAAGCCAUGGUGGAGAAAGGGGGUCCUCUGGGGGAACUGGUCCAGUGGGCUGACCUCAGUGCAUGUCUAACCAUCCUGGGCCAAAAUCUGACCCUCAGUGCCUCGCAGCAGCACCUCCACAGCUUGAUAGGUGCUGCUCCAGGCCGAGGCAGCUGUCCAAUUCAGAGGCCCCUGACCUUUGACAUCAUCUAUACUGACUACCAUGGGCUUGCUCACCUUCAAGGAGCCAUGGGGCUGGCUUUUCUACAUUACCAGUGUCGCUUUAGAAUCCUGGAUUCAUUUGGCACUGAACCAGCCUUUAAUUUGGGGAGUUACGCACGCAGACAUGGAUAUAAAACACUGUGGGGCAGUUGGGGUCUCCAGCCUCUGCAGUAUAUGACCAUGUUCCCUCAUACUCCUGAUAACUCCUUCCUGGGCUUUGUAAGUGAGGAGGCAGCAAGGGCGGAGGUGAUGGAGGAAGAGCUGGAGUCAGACACUUACGGGAAAGACAAAAUUGCAGUUGUUUAUGGUAAACAGGACUACAUGUGGGAGGGUAAAUCCGAGUAUGUGAAGGUCAUCAGUGAAGAACUGGAAACCCAUGCCACAGUCUACCAGCCUGCAGGACAUGCCUCUAAUUUGCCCAGCUUCAUCAGAAACCAUGGCCUGCUGACUCAGGAACACUUCCUACAGCUUCUCCGCAGAGCCAAGGUGUUUGUAGGUCUUGGUUUCCCCUAUGAGGGCCCAGCUCCCAUUGAGGCAAUAGCUCUGGGCUGCAUCUUCCUCCAGCCACGAUUUGACCCACCACACUCCUCAGACAAUAAUGACUUCUACAAAGGCAAGCCCACCACAAGACAGAUCUCGUCCCAGCAUCCAUAUGCUGAGGAAUUCAUCAGUAAACCCCAUGUGUGGACUGUGGACAUGACCAACAGGACAGAUGUACGGGAAGCAGUCAAAGCUAUUCUACGCACAGAGGUGAAGCCUUUCACUCCCCGAGAGUUUACAUGCGAAGGAAUGCUGGAGCGGGUCCAUGGUUAUAUCACUCACCAGAAUUUCUGCAGUAAGUCUGUCCCUACGUGGCCACCAGAAAGUGCUCUAAGGGCGCAUCUGGGUCCCUUGGGUCAGUCGUGUAUGAGUGUGUGUCGACGCUCCUCCCUCAUGUGUGAGCCUGCUCUGUUUCACCACCUCAACAGCCCUGCUGUGUUCACUAGGCUCGGGCUAGGUUGUUCCAGCAUGGUGCAGGAAAUCAACCACCUGUUUCCUUCCUACAGCCCUUGGGGUCGGCGCUGUGGCCUUCAGCAGGAGCCACUUCUGUUCAGUUGUGCUGGUUCUGACCCUUCUCACCGCAGACUGUGUCCCUGCAGAGCUCACCUACCUGGACAGGUGGCACUGUAUCCUGGCAUCCUCUAA